UUUUCUAAGCUAGAAAACGGUGGUGCGCAUGCGUACAGUUUUUUUUCAUUUGUAUUAAAUUCUAGAUAGAAAAGUAGACAAAAUAUUCAAGACGAAAAUUACGAAAGAAAAAAGUAACUACAAUAAAUUAAAUUAUGUUGAAAAGUGUUAAUUUAAAUUUUAAAUAAAACCUAUCCGUAAAUAAUAAACGACAUUUUGUGUUUGCUAUUUAAUUUAAAAUCGAUUUCGAAAGCGAAAUUAUUAUUAAAGUAAUUAACGUUAAUUUAACUUAACUUAAAUACUACAUAGCUACAUACUUAGUUAAUCAAGUUUAAUUGUGAAUUUAUUUGAAAGUGUAGAGUACAAGCGCAAUAAACAAACUAUGUACAAGUGCACAAGUGAUUAAAAGCAGCAAAAAUAAUACAUAAUAAUAAUAACAACAACAACUAAACAUUUAUUUAUUUAUUAUAUCUAUAAGCUAUAAAUUGUUGUUGUUUGCUGCUCAUAGUGAUUUAUAAAUAGUUUGUUUAAAAAGUUGUAGAAAAAUUAAAUCUAAAAACAACAAAAACAAAAUUAAUAACAAUAAAACAGAGAGUGCAAAAACAAAAAUCCACAACAACAACAACAAUAGCAAAUUUAAAACAAAAAUCCAACUACAACUACAUACUGGCAUUCAUAUUUUAUAUCAUACAACAACAACAAAACUGUUGUAAUUAAAAUUCCUGCCUGCCACUCACUCAUUUCGCUAGAUUGAUACCUCAACUGUCUUCCAUAAAUCUCUAACUAUAUAUAAAUACAAAUACAACAAAACAAUUUGACACAUUGAUCUUUUUUAUUCUGUGUAUGUGGAAUGUAAAAACAGAUUCUCGAAAUCUAAAACUCUGAAGGAUUUAUUUAUUUAAAUGCAGCAUAAAUAAAACUCAAUUCAACUCAACAACGCCAACCAACAAUUGAAUAUUUAUUUUUGUGGCAGCAUAUUUAUUUUAUGAUCUCAUUAUAUUAAAAAACCAUGGACGGGGGUAGUGUUAUAAGUGAACCAAUAUCGGCAGCUCAUCGUGCGUUUGCUAAACAAAAAUCAGCUUCAAUGACUAUAUUAAAUCCCAAAGGUUGCAACAACAUAUCUACCAAAUACAGUUUACUACAUGACAAUUUAAGUACCAAAGCAUUAUCUAAUAUUGACUCGAAUCUUAGUACGAGUAUACCUCAUUGUGCUACCACUGGACGUAGGCGCAAGGGCACCUCUUUGGGUGGUACAUUGUCAUCACGUUCUAGUCGCAAUGAAUCGAAAGAACUGCGUUCUGCUUUACAGGAUCGCGAAUCGGUUAUACAAAAUCUACGCAUACAAUUAUGUUUAGGAAAAUUGCCACGUCCCUGCGGCCCACCCCUGAAUGAUGCCGACAAACCUGCCGCCGAACAAAAACUGCAAAAGCUAAAAACCGAAGCUGAGAACAAAAAAAUCAAAAUACGAAAUUUGAAAAGUGCUUUGGAAAAGCUCGAUAUCACAGAUAAUAUAGAUGUAAGAAUAAGACAGGCCGAAUUGGAGUAUGCCUUGGGUCGUGAAGAACUGCAGUUAUUAUCAAUUGUGGAAGAAGCUAGAGCUUUGCAAGCGAGACUAGAAAAAUCAAAAGUUGAACCUCAAAGUCUUUUUAGCAUGCUUAAUAAUGGCGCCACUCUUAGUUUACACGCCGUCCAAGCGUCUACGGGUCGCUGGGCUGCUCAGGAAAUACCAGAAGCUUGUGGUGUUUUUUACGUCGAAUGGGCUUUAGAAGGCGAUGGUUUAUACAAAGGAGAUCGUAUACUGGAAAUAAACGGAAAACUGGUAACCUGUAAAACCAAAGAUGAAUUCCAAAAACUUGUCGGUAACACCGGCAAAUGUCAAAUGGUGGUAUUAAGGAAAAAGCCAGCGGCAAUACCACAAAAACAGCUCGAUCAAGAAAAAGAAAACAAUAUGCGUUUGCAGCAUAGGAUCUCAUACUUAGAGGAGCAAGUCAAAGAAAUGCAAACUACCAAACAUGAACAUCUUCAACAACAACAACAAUCACACCAGCAACAACACCAACAACAUCACACCAGCAACAGCAAUCAAGAUAAUCAACAAUUACACUGUGGCAAUAAUGGUCAUGUGACCAGCAUCAGCAUUUCCUCACCACCCUCAACACCACCAGACAAACCCUUGAUUUAUCAGCGAGGCAAUUACAUUACCACUUUGGUGGGUGGCAAGCCCAUCGAGUUGAUGGGUGAUGAGACCCCUGAAACUGAUAAUAAACGUCAAAGUUUAACUAAAAGUAAAUCGGCUGCUCACAUAACAAAAACCCUUAUAAGAGAGAAUAGUAAUCAUGAUAUCAAUGUUAUGAUAUCGAAUAAAUCUCUAUCAGCUUCCAAAAUAUCCAUUAAUAGCGACUCGGCCUUUAUGUCACAGCAAUCUCAUAAAAGAGACAAAGAGAGACAUAGAGAUCGGGAGCGAGAACGCUACGAUAGAUCGCUUAGCAAAGCCCAAAUGCUUGCACGAAGUGUAGAACAUCUAAAUCACCAUAAUGUAAACUAUGAUCGUCGGCGUGAUACACCCCGUGGCACAGAUGUACAAACGUUAAGAUCACGUCUGCCAUCCGAUAUGCGCAGUGUAAAGUCAUUAGACUUUGAUAGUGAAAAUGAAAAUACACGUUUCAAAGCACGCCAACAGACCAGUGAUACCAUGUCGGAGGCCCGUACAGUUAGACCAACUCCCCCCAAGAAACCUUUAAGACUCUCCCUGCAAAGAGCCCAAAGUCUACAGACCGUAGAGCUCUGCUCGAAUCCCGACUCUGAACGCAAACGUCCCAUGAAACGUGCGCACAUUAAUCACAACAACAACAAUAAUAAUAAUACAACCCUCAAUGUUGAACAUCAAACGGAUAACAAUAGCAGCAUCCUUAUUGAGAACUGUACAGCACAUCCGCCACCACCACCCAUGCACACGUCAUCUUUGGGACGACAUCGGCACAAUAUAUGAAAAUUACUGAAUAAUCUCUUUCGUCUACAAGAAGAGAUCUAAUUUUAAGUAGUUAUGGACAAAAUGUGUGGAAUAUUACAGAGAUGCUACAAAUGAUUUAUAAAAUCUUUAAAUAGAUUUUAGUUUUAUUUUAAUAACAAUAAUGGUGUACUAAAGUUAAAGCUAAUUCAAUUUCAAUUUACAUAUGUUGUACUAUAUAAAGGUUAAGUUCAUUUUAGGUUCUAUGUAUAUUUACAAAUGUACAUACUUAUAUUUGAUGUAAUUAAUUUUAAAUAAUUGUCUAAUUGUAAAUUUUUGACUGGUGUAAUGCAUAAAGAAACAAACAAAUACAAAAUAUGUAUAAAAUAUAAUA